AUGUCUGCGACGAAUUCUGGAAAAUUUUUGGAUUUAUUUAAUAGUGUUGAUGAAUAUAAACAAACUAUCUGUACAAAAGUAAUCGAUGUUAUUCGAACAUCGAAUCGAUUAGGAGUGGAAAAUUUCGAACAGUUCAUGUCGAUCGAUUCUUGUCAAGAGAAAAUCAAUCGACUAAGCGAACGUAUACUAAAUCGGAUUUAUCAAAUCAAAUCUCCUAUUCAACCUUCGAAUUGGAAUCACCUCGACGUCGAUGAAAAACUCGAGCAAUUAGUUGACAUCAAUGACACAUUAUUCGAAAGAAUUGCAUCUGCACUCGAUGAAGCUGAUGGAUUAACCAAGUCGACGGUGUCAUCAACGAUGCGGCAAGUCUUAGAGAAACCUCAAUUGAAAUUCAAGUAUAAAAUAGAUAAUGCUGCAGAAAUACCGUUCGUACCAAAGCUUCGAACGAAGCCAAAUGCAAUUACACCCUUACCUGCAAUGAUGAUGCAAAUAGAUUUGGAACCGGGAAAUCUUGAUCUCUUACAACAACAUCCUGAAUUAUUAGAUCAUCCGUAUUUCGAUGAAAUCGAAGUCUUCGCACCUGACGAGACGUUUCUGAAACGAACAGAACCACAAUUUCCAAAGUCAAUGGACGACACGAAAUAUCUGUUUGUUGACACGAGCGAGAAAUUGAAAACAAUGAUGGAUCAUAUUGAAUUACAAACAGAAUUAGCCAUUGAUUUAGAGCAUCAUUCGUAUCGGUCUUAUCAAGGAUUUACAUGUUUAAUGCAAAUAUCAUCUCGUACGGAGGAUUUUCUUGUUGAUACUCUUCUACUUCGAGAUGAUUUAUCUAUUCUUAACAAUGUUUUCACCAAUCCGAAGAUUCUCAAAGUAUUCCACGGUGCUGAUUGGGAUAUUGAAUGGUUACAAAAGGAUUUCGGUAUUUACGUUGUGAAUAUGUUUGAUACACACCAAGCAGCGAAAGAACUUCAAUUACCAACGCUAUCCCUCGCAUAUCUAUUGAAAACUCUGUGUAAUAUUGAUGCAAGCAAACAAUUUCAAUUAGCUGAUUGGAGAAUAAGACCUUUACCCAGUGAUUAUAUACGUUAUGCUCGGGAGGAUACGCACUAUCUUCUCUACAUCUACGAUCAUUUACGAAAUCAACUAUUGGAUAUGAGCGGGGGCAGUGCGGAAAAUUUACGCUUAGUUUAUAAGAAAUCUAAAAUAAUUUGUCAAAAAUUAUACAAAAAAGCAGCAUUUGAUCCAACGGCUUACAAAAUUCUCUAUACAAAAUUUCGGAAAACAACUUUCGAUAGUAACCAGCUAUCCGCUUUGAAGUCACUCCAUGCAUGGCGUGAUAAGAUUGCACGGCAAGAAGAUGAAUCCCCUAGCUUUGUUCUUUCUGACCUAAUGCUGAUGCAUCUAGCUGAAUUAUUACCGAGAGAUAUUCAAGGCAUUCGAGCAAGUUGUAAAGUUCUACCUGACUCAGUUGACAAGAACAUCGAAGAAGUUCAUCGUUUAUUAAUAGAAGCUAUUGAAAAGCCUUCAACGGAUUUGAAUGACGAGAAAACAAACUCGGGUGUAGUUGCAGAAACAAAACGUCUUCAUUCAUCAUCGGCUUCAGAUAGAUCCGACGAACAGAUGAAACGUGCAAAACUGAACUAUUAG